UCUGCACCCUGACACCCUAAUUUUGAUCUUCCUUUCCUCUGAACUGUGAAACAUCGACAAUCACAGCAUGACGAGCUACACAGAUAAAGGAGAGAAGCAUGCGAAGGGACGGUUCAUCAAUUUCCAUCAUCUCACCUUCUGGGUUGGCAAUGCCAAACAGGCAGCCGGGUACUACUGUGAUAAGAUGGGCUUCGAGCCUUUGGCCUAUAAGGGUUUGGAGACCGGCAGCCGAGAGGUGGUGUCUCAUGUCAUCAGACAGGAUAAGAUAAUAUUCGCCUUUGAAUCUGCACUAAAUCCUGGAAAUGAAGAGAUGGGACAGCACAUGAUAAAGCAUGGAGACGGAGUCAAAGACAUCGCCUUUCAUGUGGAGGACUGUGACUUCAUAAUCAAGACAGCUAAAGAGCGAGGAGCUGUCGUCGUCAAGGAGCCCUGGGUGGAGCAGGACAGCCACGGGAAGGUCAAGUAUGCUGUGAUUCAAACGUAUGGAGAUACAACACACACACUCAUCGAGUACCUCAGUCCCUACAAAGGCCUUUUCCUGCCGGGCUACAAACAGCCUCUGUUUAAGGAUCCUCUGUUAGCUAAACUUCCACCAGGAGGUUUGAGCUUCAUCGAUCACAUUGUGGGAAACCAGCCAGAUGACCAAAUGCUGCCAGUUACAGACUGGUAUCAGAAGUGUUUGCUGUUCCAUCGGUUCUGGUCGAUAGACGACAAGCAGAUCCACACGCAGUACAGUUCACUGAGGUCCAUAGUGGUGACCAACUAUGAAGAGACCAUCAAGAUGCCGAUCAAUGAGCCUGCAGCGGGGAAGAAGAUUUCACAAAUCCAGGAAUAUGUGGACUACAACGGGGGACCAGGUGUUCAGCAUAUCGCCCUCAACACGUCAAACAUCAUCCAAUCCGUUGUGAACCUGCGUGCCCGGGGGAUGGAGUUCCUCGCAGCACCUGACAUGUACUACGAAAACCUGCGGAGGAAUCUAAAAACCGCCAAGAUCAAGGUGAAGGAGGACCUCGACCGUUUACAGGAGCUGAAAAUCUUAGUGGAUUUUGAUGACAAGGGCUACCUCCUUCAGAUCUUCACCAAACCAGUGCAGGACAGACCGACCCUUUUCUUGGAGAUCAUUCAGCGGCAUAACCACUCUGGCUUUGGGGCAGGAAACUUCAAGUCUCUCUUUGAGGCCAUUGAGAAGGACCAAGAUGCCAGGGGCAACCUCACAGCGCUGACACCCGAAGGGGAGGCCAAAGCCUUCUACUGAUCCUCCCACUGCUGCUGCCAAACCACACUUAGACUGUUAUAUAUGGCUGUACAUCUCAGAGGCAAUCAACAACACAGUAUAUCAAACACAUGUACAGAGUGUUGAAUAUCUUCAUGUGACACCAGAUAUGCUUUAAGUUGUCAGUAGAUUGCAUGCGCUAUGACUAAAUAAAGAACUCAUCAUGUGGA